CGUUAAACUAAUCCAGAAGACGUUGUUUUACUGACGAAUAGAGUUGGUGGACGAAUAGCGUUGUUAUUAGAAGUAGUGGGAAUUGUGGUCGGUCUAAAUGGUUACCGCGCUUUGUUCUUUAGCCCAAGGCGUAGCAUCUUGAUCUCUUGUGGUUUUGACGGUAGAAUAAAACAAUCUCAUCAAACUGGCAAAAGUAAUCUUCGACACGACGGCUCAUGAGUAGCAUUCGGUCCAGUGAGCGAGAUCGUAUUACUGUGAAGAUUCAUAACAUGAAACGUAGCGCAUCGCGCGAAUCUCCACCUAGAUCAAAGCGAAGAGGCAGUAUUGGACGAUACGACGGGAGCUCCGACGAGCGCAUUACUCCUGACAGAAUGAGACGCCGUGUGGCGCGAUCCCCGAGCCCGCGUGCCCGCUAUGCGUCGCCGCAUCGUGAUGAGUACAGUUCGCGUAGUUCGCGCCCCGAACCGGGUGGUGGUGGCGGAGACCGCUACUCGUACAAGGUGCUGUGCGUUAGCGCUCUGCACCCAAAGGCAUCGGAUGAGUUCAUCAAGGAGACGCUGUAUCGCGAGUACAAAAAGUUCGGUGAUUUUAGUAUUCGCAUCUCGCACGAUUUAGACGAGCGUGUCGCGUACGUAUGUUUCCGUACCUCGGAAGACGCCCGUGAGGCGAAGCACGCCAAGUCACGCAUCAUCUUACACGAUAAGGUCGCGUUGGUCGAACCGGUUUACGAGUCGGCUAAAUCGGAGUCCUACCGUCGGCCGCGUUCGGCCUCUCCGUCUGAGUACGAUCGGCACUAUUAUGCCCGAUCUCCAGGAGUUCCUCCGCCGGAUCGUCGUCGGCCACCGGAGCAUCAUCCGUACGAUGGCUACGGACCGCCGCCGGGUGGCCGAAUGCAUCACCCAGACUUUCGACCACCGAUGCACCACGAGUACAUGCCCCGUGGCCCUCCGAUGCACCAUCACGGCCCACCGCACAUGCACCCAGGGCCGCCCCAUCAUCAUUACAUGCCUCGUCCGUAUUUGCCAAGACCGCGGGCUCCCUUUGAGAAGCCAGAAAACAAGAAGGACAAAUUUCCCAACUAUCUGCACCAUAUCCAGCCGGAGGAUGAUCCAUUGGCAACCCGAACCCUGUUUGCCGGCAACCUGGAGAUUAACAUUUCAGACGAAGAGCUGCGCCGUAUCUUCGGCAAGUACGGUUCGGUCGAAGACAUUGACAUCAAGCGCCCACCGCCUGGCACGGGCAAUGCAUUCGCUUUCGUGCGCUACCAGACGCUCGAUAUGGCGCAUCGGGCCAAGGUAGAAUUAUCGGGGCAGUAUAUUGGCAAGUUCCAAUGUAAAAUCGGGUACGGUAAAGCGACACCCACGACGCGCAUCUGGGUUGGCGGGCUCGGUGCGUGGACUUCCGUUACGCAACUGGAACGGGAGUUUGAUCGAUUCGGGGCCAUCAAGAAGAUCGAAUAUGCGAAGGGGGACACACAGGCAUAUGUUCUGUACGAUUCGCUCGAAGCAGCCGCGGCAGCGGUGAAAGAGAUGCGCGGUUUUCCGCUCGGAGCGCCUGAUCGUAGAAUUCGCAUCGAUUUUGCUGACAACGGUACGGCUCCACCAUUCCAGAAAAGUGGCCGUCCGUUUGAGGAAGGUGGUGGCGAGUACCGCCGUGUGCCGGAGUACGAGUAUCCGGACAGUGCUCCGCCGUACGAUGACGUACCGCCGGCUUAUGGGGGUGGCUAUGGAGCGCGCUCGUUCCGCGGUCGCGGCUCGAGUGGCGGAGCUGGUGGUGGUGCUGGGUACCGUGGGCGUGGCGGUGGAACUGGAUUCCGUGGUGGCUUUCACCAUGAAGGACACCGUCCUGCUACAGGCGGAGGUCCACCACAUCACGGCGGCGGGGGCCCAGGUGACGAAGAGUGGCGUCGACCGGCUGGUGGAGGUGGUGGUGAACCUGGGGAGUAUGAGCAGCGACGCCGGUCCGGUUCCCGCGAGCCGGCUGGCAUCGAUCGUUCGCGUUCGCGAUCACCACGUCGGCGAAGUCCGGCCGAUUCCGAUUCCGAUUCAUCCUCUCGCCGGAAUGGUGUGCUGACGACAGCCCGAACCCUUCCAGAAGUGGCUCGCAAAUCGGCAACCGUUUGGCAAGGCGCACUGAUCUUAAAGAGUUCACUCUUUCCGGCCAAAUUUCAUCUCACCGACGGUGACGCAGACAUUGUCGAUGGACUUAUGAAAGACGAGGAUGGAAAGCACCAUCUACGUAUUACACAGCGCCUGCGCCUUGACCAGCCGAAGCUGGAAGAUGUGCAGAAGCGUAUUUCAUCCUCCUCCUCGCAUGCCAUCUUCCUUGGGCUGCCUGGCUCCACUUCCGCAGUGACAUCGUCCGACGAUGCCAGUGUACAGACGCGUCCACUCCGCAAUCUGGUGACUUACUUGAAACAGAAGGAAGCCGCGGGAGUAAUAUCACUGCUGAAUAAGGAAACGGAAGCGACGGGCGUGCUGUAUUCGUUUCCGCCCUGCGAAUUCUCUACCGAGCUGCUGAAACGAACCUGUCACAACCUAACCGAGGAAGGAUUAAAAGAGGACCAUCUCGUGAUUGUGGUGGUACGCGGUGGUACUGCCUAGAAGAAUCAGAUCAACAUAAUAGUAGGCAGCAGUGACGUGGCCAGGAAGAGGAAGUAGAGAAGCAGAUUGCUGAUAUAAGAGCUGCGUUGAAAGUGUAAGUUUGUAAGUUAGUAACAGAGCACCAAGCCAAACUCAUCCUCAACACCUUACUGAUGACAAAGGGGCUCUACCACAAAACAGAGGUAGAGAAAGAAGCGCUUUUAUCUACUUCCGAAUUCAACAUUGACCCCCGACCCGACCAUUAUAGAUGGGCUAGAGUUCUGACUUGUGUAAGAUCGUGUUUUCCGUAUCAACCAAUGCAUCUUAUUUUCGGAGGAAGCAAUCGUUUAAGUGGUGUGUCUGUCUGUGUGGUGCGCGUGUGUGCUCGACUCGGUUCCAUCAUCUUCACGCCAAACGCCGAACGACAUCGUGAGACCGCACGGUGGAACGAAGCGAAAUUCCAUCAACUACUUUGGCAAAAGUCGUGUCAACCACCAACGGUACCAGUGACGGAUGGUGGUAAGAAAGGCUAAUGAAUUGGUGAGAAUGAAGAAGCGAGAUUAAAACGAAAUAGAAGAAGAGUUGCGUGAGAAAGUUUUGUUUGUUUUUACCCCAAAUGUUUUCGUUUCGAAAAAGUGUAAACAAUGUACUAUGUGUAAGACACUGCAGAACUCAUUUACGCGCGUCAACUCCACAGCAAGAUGAAGAUCUGUGGCCCUUUACUCUGGCGUUCAUAGCGCUCGCGCGUGCGUUAGUGUGUGUGUAUGUAUGUGUUCUUGUGAGUUUGAGUAGUGGUGCAAAUUGUGCCUCGCUGAAUUUCACCUUUAACAGAACCGGUGCCGAAGUCAACAGCAGUAGACCAAUAUCACUAAAAAGCAAGGCACUCAGAAACAUAUGGCACACACCUAAAACAAAACUCUGAUCUAUAGGCAGUUUAGUUUUUCUUUCAUUCUUAAUUAAUCCUUUGCUCUUCGAAUAAAAGUGAUCUUGUGGUCCUUAGCAGUUUUGUAUUACGUUACAGCAUGAAAUCGAACGGUUGGCAUUAUUUUUCCCUCUACGCUUGACAAAACUUACACAUCCCUUCUAACAACAAUGAAAAACUUGAGUGGAUAAUCGAUUUCUAUGUUUUUUGAAUGUUUGCGAUGGAGAAGGACCACGACGAGAGCGACUGUUUUCAAGUGGCAAGCUUAGGUAACUUUACUGCUAAUCAAAAUUGGGACACGUUUGUUUUACAUCAAAUGUGACUAGGAGCUAUCAACAAAGCAAAAACAGAAGAAUUACUCAAGACUCAAGUGUUUUUUUUUUAUUUUAGUGAGGUCUAUGGUCGGAAUGUCUUCUAAAUAAUGAAAUAUUAUAAACAAACUAUAUUAAAAGAAACUAUCUUAUUAUAUACCCAUAGCACUGCAACAUUUCAAAUCAAACAAUAAAUUGAUGGAAUUUAAGACGAAGUUUACGCAGGAGAGGAUCAUCAGAACAUUCGGUUCUAAUACGCAUUCAGAUAUAAAACACGUUUAAUGAAUGUCAGCAGAGAGCAUGGUAUGAAAUGUCUGUGUUCGGUGUAAUCGCUUAAUAAUAGAUCGUAAAUACACGAAUAAAGAAACA